CAACUUUUCUAUUCAUUUGUUUGCCUUCGUAUUUUCUUUGCAUUUGAAGGAGUGCACAGCUGUGUAUCUAUCUUCGAUGGCUUAAAUCAAUUUUUGGAUGACACUUUGCUCGAUGGACAAAAGAGUUCUUGUGUAUAUGGAUAAUUCCACAAAAAAUGAAACUCCUUUCCGGGAAAAUUAUUUUGCUUUACGCCGUUUGCUCUGCACCCAUAUAGUUUUUCACAGAGGAAUCUUGUUUUAUUAAAACAUGAUUCUCAAAGCCCGGUCUCGAACAAAGUGAUGCAAGCUGGAAUUCCUCGAGAAGGUGGUGUUUCCUUGUUACCAUGUACUCAUUCAUUGAAUGGGUGGUCUCGUGCAAUGUCAACCUCAAGGGGAAGGAGCAUGCGAAGUAAGGUGGAGAGGCGGAUGCAGAAAGAGUCAGGUAAAACGGUAAAAGAGGUUCGGAGAGCCUCAAAAUUGAAGAAGAAAUUGAUGACUGAUGAGGAGAGACUUAUUUAUAACCUUAAAAGAGCCAAGAAGAAAGUGGCAUUGCUUCUACAGAAGCUCAAGAAAUAUGAGUUACCCGAACUUCCAUCCCCAGUGCAUGAUCCUGAGCUGUUGACCUCCGAGCAGGUUCAGGCAUUUAAGAAGAUCGGCUUCAGAAACAGAAAUUAUGUUCCUGUUGGUGUCCGUGGAGUCUUUGGGGGAGUUGUCCAAAAUAUGCAUCUCCACUGGAAGUUCCAUGAGACUGUACAAGUUUGUUGUGAUAACUUUCCCAAAGAAAAAAUUAGAGAAAUGGCAACCAUGCUUGCAAGACUAAGCGGUGGUAUUGUGAUAAACGUUCAUAAUGUGAAAACAAUUAUCAUGUUCCGGGGCAGAAACUAUCGCCAACCAAAAAAUUUGAUUCCUAUAAACACCCUCACAAAGAGAAAGGCAUUAUUUAAAGCUAGAUUUGAACAAGCCCUUGAAUCUCAGAAGCUAAACAUCAAGAAAACAGAACAGCAGCUCCGGCGGAUGGGUGUGAACCCUGAGGAUCCAGUUGCCAUGGCCAGCAUCCAGAGAGUAGCCUCCACAUUCUUCAAUGCAAUUGACAAAAGGGAAGGUACUCCUUAUGUAUUCCAAGGGGACAGAGAAGCUGUGACAGAGCGUAAUAAUAUAUUGGAACUUUCAGAACCUCAGUCGGAUGCUGAGAAGGAGGAGUUAGACAAAUUCAUAGCUGAUAUUGAGAAUGCAGCAGAUCAAGAGUGGGCUGCAGAGGAAGCCGCAGAACAAGAAGAAACUGGCAGAAUUAGGUAUUGGAACAGAGAAGACAUUGGUGGUAGAUCCAGAAGGUCUGAGCUGCAUAGACAUGAAGAUUAUUAUGAGGAGGGUAGAGGGGCGAGGGCUGGGAAGGAUGCACGUGAUGUGCGAAGGAAUGUUGAUCGAUAUAUAACUUCUGAGGAUGAGCAUGACUGGCAUCCUGAUGAUGUUCGAAAUGCGAGGGAUCUUGAGAGUGAUGAUGAUGAUUCUGAUGAAGCACCCAUUGAUUUCCAAAGAUCUAGAGGGGGACAGGGUAAGCGGGGAAGAACUGCUAAAGCAAUCAAUAACGAAGGUUUCAGGAACAAAGCAGAUUCGAAUUUGAGAAGAAGCGUAUCUAAAUUUGAGUUCGAGUCAGAUUCUUUUAGUGAUCUUGAAAAUGCAAGUUGGAAAUCAGAUACUGAGGAAGAAAUUUCAGAAAUAGGAGAAAAUUACAAGACUAGCAGCGAUGAAGGUGAGAAUUAUUACCCUACAAGGGCAAUGGGAAAGCAGCAAAAUGUUGGCAGGGCCAGGAGCAGUUCUGCUUUGGAGAGUGAUGCUCACUCUAAGGAAGAGUUUACUGAGGAAGAUUAUAGUUCAGAAGAUAUGUAGUGAAUCAUAUAUAGCAAGAUCAAAAUCUUCUCCGUUGGCGAGAACCAUCACAUCAAGAGCUGGGAGAUAUAGUUACUGAGGAAGUAGUUGGUUUUGCUAUAUAUUGUUAACCAUUCACUAAUAGGUUAUUUUAAUUUAUCUCUAAAUCCCAUCUUGGUAUAUUAUUUUACAAGGGAGGCAAGCCCUUAAAAAAUGUGAAGAACAUAUUUUCUUUUUUAUCUUCUAA